AUGGAUAAACGGUACAGCUAUGGGAAGACGCCUCCAGAUGCCAUGAAAAAAGCUGUUGAAAUGGUAAAAGAUGGAUGUUCCCUGCGAAAGGCUGCAGAAAAUAAAGGAGUGGCCCACGAAACGCUUGCACGCUGUGUAAAGAAAUAUAAUGAUUCAUCCCUGGCCAGAAUGAGCCCUAAUUAUGCCGUAAAUGCUAUUUUCACCGCUGAAGAAGAACAGUCUUUGGCGACGUAUGUAAAAAAAUGCUCACAAAUGUUCUAUGAGUUAUCCUUAGACGACGUCAAACGCUUAGCGUACCAAACUGCCAUAACAAAUUCUAAAACGAUUCCAAAAUAUUGGAUAGAACACAAGCAAGCCACUGAUGGUUGGUUAAAGCGAUUUCGCAAACGGAACCCAUCACUUUCAUUCCGGACACCAGAGGGUUGCAUUCUAUCAAGGUCGCCCAACUGCUUUUCGUCUGGAACCCGGAUUUAUAAUCUGGAUGAAACCGGGUUGACAACGGUGCAGGUUUCAGCAAAAAUUCUGGCGGAGAAAGGUACCAGGCAGGUAAAUAAAGUUACAAGUGUCGAAAGAGGAGCUUUGGUAACUUUAUGUUGUAUAAUAAGCGCAACCGGGCAAUUCAUUCCGCCUGUUAUGAUUUUCCCAAGGGUACACUUUAAAGAUCAUAUGCUGAGCGGUGCACCACCGGCCACACUUGGGCUGGCGAAUUCAUCUGGAUGGAUGAAUUCGGAAUGUUUCGUUAAAGUCAUGGAGCAUUUUGUAAACUUCACUUUAAGUUCGAAAGAAAACCCAACUCUGUUAAUAAUGGAUAACCAUGAGAGCCACAUAAAUUUAAACGCCCUUAACAUUGCCAAAGACAAUGGAGUUGUAAUACUAACCUUACCACCGCAUUCCUCCAGCAAAAUGCAGCCCCUAGAUGUUACCGUUUAUAAGCCAUUCAAAACAGCUUAUAACAAUGCAAUUGACAACUUUAUGAUGCAGAAUCCCGAAAAGACUUUUACUAUCUACGACAUUGCUGCUGCAGCCGGGUAUGCAUUUGAAAAAUCAAUGACCCCGUCAAAUAUUGUAGCAGGCUUUCGUAAGACCGGAAUCUAUCCACCAGAUAGAGAGGUAUUCACCGAUGUCGAUUUUAUGUGCAGCGAUGUAACUGACAGGCCACUAACACUUAGCAACCAAACUGAAGAAAUCCACAUAAAUGUCAAUGGUGACCUCUAUAGAGUUUUGUGGGAACUUGUAAAGUCGCUUGUCAACGCCGCCGAUUAUCCCGAAACGAUUGAUCUCUUGCAGGACAGCAUUCGCCAUGUUGGUGCCGAUAAACGUUAA